CACCACCCUCGUAAGGUCUCUCUCUAUACAGAACCUCAACUAUUUAUUUGGUCUUUGGCAUUCAGUGUGUGUAGCAAUGGCCGGAAAGAAGAAAAAGAAGUUGGCGAAUCGCCUCGCGAAGAUGUCGGAUGACGAUCGCGCUAGGUAUAUGCAGCAUCGUGCCGAUGCUGAGGAAGAGACUCGCAGGCGAAAGGAGCAGUUGAUAUCCACUUUUCUGAAGAUUAAAUUGGAUAAGGAGGACGGCUUUGCGCGUUUGAAUUCGGCCAAACUGAACCAGAAUUGGCACCAGACUUUGCGCAAGCAAAAAUGCAGGUCGAUGAAAGACGAAGUGCAGAAAAUGAAGGAAGUUUUUGAAAGGGUUUUUGAGCUGAAGAACAGAACUAUAGAGAACCUGGUGCAAGAAUUAGAGGCGGCAGAUGAACAAUAUCUGAAUAACUUCCAGUCACAUUUAACUCAUAUCAAUAAUAUAAUUGAAUUUAGUAACGCAUGUGUGGAUGAGCUGCACGAGUCGUACGAGGAAGAUCGCAGGAGCUUAUUAAAAGCAGCUGCGAGUGAGCGAAAAGAUUUACAGGAGAACAGCAUCGACGGAUUGAUAUUCCUUAAGACAAUUUUGCAUCAGCAGGAGGCAAUCGGCAAAAUGCAAUUGAAGGAUAAUCGCGAGUACUAUUUGCAGAGAAGCGAGGAUGUGGCAAGGAAGCAUAGAGAAGAAUUCGAGGCUAUGAGACGAUCGAGGGAGGCAAUAAUCGUGGAUCUGUGGAGAAAUGUUUCCAGCUUCGUAAGGAAUUACGUGGAGGGCACUGAUUCAAAGCGGUCACAUCUUGCAGAACUGAGAGCUUUAGACACAGAGAGCUCCUUAGAAAUCGCUUCAAAUGAAGAAUCGAUUCGUCGUAAAGAAUCAGAAAUAGAAAAGUUACAGUUACAAGCCGCGGAUCUACGAAUUGAACGCGAGGCCGAGUUAAAGCGUCUAAAGGAGAGUGUGCAAAAAUAUAAUACAAUAUUUUUACAAGCAAAAAUCGCGCUUCAACGAGAUUUGGAUUUAGAUGAGAAACAACUUAUAUUCUUGACUGACAAAUCCAAUGAGUCUAUCAAGUUUCUGCAGAAGCUGAAUGAGAAAGGCGAAAAACUCGUGACUAUCAUAAACGUUUGCAGGAAAUUGGAGACGGAUAACGAAGAUGUUUUUAGAUUCAUAGAUUUCCCUUCGACAGCUUCCUCUAUUUCAGAUUUAAGUUCAAUCGUAAAUUCAACGCCUUCCACAGAUAGUUCCAAUGUCGAAACAGCUCUAGCUGGAUUCAAUAAAUCAGAGUCGAGCAAUUUACGGGUAAUCAGCAUUAAGGAGGAGAAGCCUCGUUGCAGAAGACCUGAUUUCCAGAAAAUCUUCCGUCCGAAAACAGGCAGAAACAACUUUUUCCCCGAAAUCAGGAAGGGUGUCCAAACGAAAAACGAAAACUCGAUUCCCGCAAGCAGACGAAGUUCGAUUGCAACGGAUGCCGAAGAGUUCUUAGGGAAAUUCUUUCCGAAAUUGGAUGACCUACAGCGUAUUUGGUUAGUAUACAACAGGGUGUACAAGAACCUGUUGGAAAUGCGCGAAGAGCGUGCAGCUAUGUCCAAGGAGAACGAGGCGAUGAAGUGCAAGAUUCGCGAAGUACUGGAGGCGGCGGCGAUGGAUAAGAAUUUUGGCAAAACCGUAACGCGAAGAAGGUUUGUCCACUCCGCUCCGAUCUGCAUAAAAUAAAUUAAUGAGGAAUACCACUCGCAAUUCCGUACAUAUUUAGGCGCGUCAAUGCCAAUAAGUCUGGAGAUAAUUAUAUUUGAGGACAAAAAUAAUUAUAGGAUCCAAAGUGCGUGUUAUG